AUGGGGAGAGGGAGAGUAGAGCUGAAGAGGAUCGAGAACAAGAUAAACAGGCAGGUGACGUUCGCCAAGCGAAGGAACGGAUUGCUGAAGAAAGCAUACGAGCUUUCAGUUCUCUGCGAUGCUGAGGUCGCUCUUAUCAUCUUCUCCACCAGAGGCAAGCUCUAUGAAUUCUGCAGCAGUCCCAGGGGAUCCCUGGAAAAAUACUACACUGACUUGCAAAGUCUUUGGCGUGAGAUUGAUUUUCGAUGUCCAAAUCCAAUGGAGUGCCCUACUGACAUUCAAAGGUAUAAUAAUCUCCUCCAAGAAGAUCGGGUCUAUGUCUUCUUUGAUGGCCUUGACGAUAAGCUGGACAACAUCCACAGUGACGUGUUGCAGCUACACUCGUUUCCCACCAUGGAGCAAGCUUAUGCUCAUGUCCGUAGAGAGGCCCUUCGCCAGGUGGUGAUGAACGCAGGUGAUCAUGAACCUCCAGGAGUUGUGCUUGCUUCAAGAGGCCUCAAGCUUGGGUUCUCUGGAUCGACUCCUCAGCAUCAUGGAAAAUCUGUCUCUAAAGGCUGA